UCAACACGUUUUUUCAGUCCCCAUUUCUUAGAGUAGUUUUCUUGGACGUAUAGGUGUGUAGUUGUCAGAUGAUGUAUUUUACCAUUACACGCAUAUUACACGCGUUUGAUAACUAAGGCGAUGACUUAUUCUGUGUCAGCGGCACUGCGCUGCACUUUUCGCCUUAGCUUACUGCCCAAAGCAUACUACCAGUGUGGCGGAAUAUUCCCCUUAAAACCGCCGCACUGUUCUUCACGUGCAGAUAGAAUCAAAAUUAUUCAUACGCACUCAGGAGACUGGGGACCGCCUCCUAAGUGUGUUUGUCAUAGUCAGGACAUUCGGUCGAAUUCCACGCUGACAAAAUGCUUCUCUAACCAGCAAAGCAAAGUGAGAGUGAGGUUUGCACCGAGUCCAACUGGGUUUCUUCACCUCGGGGGACUGCGAACUGCUCUCUACAACUUCCUCUUUGCAAAGAAACAUGGAGGAACAUUUAUUCUGCGGUUAGAAGACACUGAUCGCUCCCGCCUGGUCCCGGGUGCAGCUGAUGAGAUUCAGAAUAUGUUGGAGUGGGCAGGGAUCUCUCCAGACGAGAGUCCACGAAUGGGUGGGCCUUGUGGGCCAUAUCUGCAGUCUGAUAGGCUGGAUCUAUACAGACAAGUAGCUGAUUUGCUACUGCAGAAUGGACAUGCCUACCACUGUUUCUGCUCCACACAAAGACUGGAUUUGCUAAAGAAAGAGGCACUUAGGACGGGCCAGACACCUCGGUAUGAUAAUCGCUGUCGACACCUCCGGGCAGAACAGGUCAAGGAGCGGUUAGCUCAGGGUGCCCCAUAUGUGAUUCGGUUCAAACUGGACCCUGGAGCUGAGCCAUUUGAAGACCUGGUUUUUGGCUUGAACCACCAUGAUGUGGCCCAGGUGGAGGGGGACCCUGUGAUUAUCAAGGGGGAUGGUUUCCCCACCUAUCACUUGGCCAGUGUGGUGGAUGACCACUACAUGUGUGUAAGUCACGUGCUGAGAGGCUCAGAGUGGCUGAUCUCCACAUCAAAACACCUGCUUCUCUAUCGCGCUCUGGGCUGGACUCCGCCCACUUUCGCCCAUCUGCCCCUCCUCCUGAACAGAGAUGGAACAAAGCUCUCCAAAAGACAGGGGGACAUUUUCAUACAGUCCUUCAUCCAGCAGGGGGCGCUGCCUGAGGCACUGUUAGACAUGAUCACUCACACUGGAUCUGGCUUCUCCAGUAAUCGGAUUGGACGUAAGCUUGAUGAGUUAAUAAAUGAAUUUGACACUUCAAAAAUUACAACCCAUUCGGCCUUGCUGGAUUUGGAAAAACUUCCAGAGUUUAACCGAAUUCAUUUGCAGCACAGAAUUGACGAUGAGGAACAGUGCUGCCAUCUGGUGGAUGAGCUGAGAUGUUACAUCACUCAGACCUUUGGAGCACAGAUUCAGGAAGAAGACAUUUUGAAUCAUGACUACAUACAACAAGUUCUUCACCUCCGCAAGGGUCAUAUCUCUUCGGUACUGGACUUGGUCAGUCCUCAGUACUCUUAUCUGUGGGUUCGUCCCUGUGUGUCCCGGCAGCAGCUGCUGGAUCUGAGCCCUGAGGCCCUUUCUGUGGCUAAACUUGUCAUACAGUUGAUGGAGAGCCAUGGGAGGCAGUUAAAUAUCGAGUCUCUGAGUGUGGAGCUGAAAGAUUUAGUGAAGAAAAUGAAAACAACUAAAUACAGUGCGGUGAUGAAGGUCCUGAGGCUGGCCCUGAGUGGACAGAAGGUAGCAGACGCUUACUCUCAUGAGUUCAGAUUCAUUUUACAGCUGUCAGCAUGAACUGGUUCAGGAUUAGAUGUGGA